GCGACGUGAUCGGCAGACAUUUUGUUGAACAAAAUCAACUGUGACACAUUCAGUGUGAUAUUUACGUUUCAUCCCCAAGUUUUCAAUAUAUCAUUAAAUAUGUCAGAAACUUUCUUCGAUGAAUACGACUACUACAACUUUGACCACGACAAGCAUAUUUUUUCUGCACACAGCGGCAAACAGCGAACAAAGAAAGAGGUGAGCGAACAUACCAACCACUUUGACCCGUCCGGCCAUUCCAGAAAGAUCGUAACUAAGCUUGUUAAUACUGAAAACAAUAAGAAGACUAAUAAUAAACACUAAGUGACAUUACUGGACAGAAUGACUAUGGCGUGUUUAUGGAAUGUUGAUAUGCUGAAAAAAAAGGAAGACUUUAUGGCGGAAUCCUGGAGAAAAUUCGGAUCGCUUGUGUUUGAGAUCAGUGGGACAUCAAAAACAGUUUGUGGCUGCAAACUAUUACUAUUUAGCACAGUAUGAAGAAGUGACGUAGUGAUUCCUGAUUAGUGCUCGUAACUCCCUAAUACAAUUAAUACAGGAUCGCUUGUGCAUCCAUCACCAUCGUUCCGUUUAACUGAUCUCAAUUUUCCGAGCUUGUUGUAAAGCUCAAAUUGCUGUGUUAUUAAUUUCUAGGUAGAUUUUUUAACAUUGUUUUAUCGUUUCGAAUAGAAAAGGACUGUUUUAAUUUAAGUCUAAUAAAAAUGUUUAAAUAUUA